UGGCUACAACGUUCCGAAUAACGUACUGUUGCCGGGUCGCGAAUUAGCAAGAAAGAGCCAUGAACGAGAUGACAAGCUGUCAGAAGGGCAGUGUAAUGUGAAGAGCACAGCGGGCUAAUUUGACACCGAGGAAUUCAGGCCACAUAUUGUGCUGACACGCGAGCCGGGUUCAAUCCCGGGUUCAAAGCGCCAUCCACGGAUCAAUACACUCACUGCCAAAAUUUAUGUUGGAGUCGGCGCUUGUGCCACUUCCGCCGGAACUCGUAUACACAGUUGUUCCUCCCGCAUCCCGCGAGGAUGAACAGCGAAACAACCUAUCUGUGGACCACAUUACUCGCCGGCAUCCUGGCUAUCUGUUUCAUGCUGGCCAACUGUCUGCAAGUGAUGCUGGUGCUGUUGGCGUGCGGGACGCUGUGGGGCCUGAUUGAACACGCCGACCCGGAUAUCGUCUACACGGUGCACUAUCUGCUCUUCUGGCUGCCCCUGGGGGCCACGGUGCUCUUGCUGCUGUCCGCCGGGAUUCUGCGGUUAAUUCGCCGAAAAGCGGCCGCUUUUCACGCGACGGCCGCCGGGUGGCGGUGUGCGCUGCUGACGGCGGUGUGGAUGAGCACGGCGGGGGUGAUGGUCUUUCAUCCCUGGAUGCCCCUGGGAGGGGUGGCCGCCACGGUGUAUCCCAAUAACACGCGCUUGCUCUCGGAAGACGACACCGGCAUCCCCGUCAACACCACGACAACCUGCUCAACCUGGCCGAACCUGAUCAGCGCCCUGGAAGUGUACCCCUUCGGCGCCGUGAUGUUCGGGAUGUCGGUGUUCGGCGUGGCCCAAAUCUGUCUAGUCUUCAUCCUCUUCUGCAUCGUGCAGAGCGUCAAGAUCCUCUGCCAACGCCCCCACCCUCCCCGCCCCUCCCGCCCUCGGCUCUUGUCCAUCCCGCCUCCCUUCCAUGUUUCAUUGAUGCCGGGUGAUCCCGUUAACGUCCACGGUACCAGGGAGGGAAGAAGCCAAUCGACUGUAGCGUUCAACGAGGAAGCUGUCGACGGUCUUCCUGUCAAUGGGGUGCUGAAUGCAACUGACGCGGUUCCGGAUUAUUUAACCACCACUGUAUGAAAGUGUACUCUAUGGAUUUAUGGUGUACAGCGGCUUUG